UUCGAAUUUAUCCACAUGAAGAUGUAUGCGUGUUUGAACAGUCGAAAUUAAAGUGAAACGUAUAAAUAAAUGAGAAAUGUUAAGAUAUGUUUUGGUUGAAAUGGUUGGCAUAAUGUUAAACCGGUAAGACCUCAUUAUAGGGGUAAACCGAUCAUAAAUUCUAGUUGAGAAGUUUUAAGGCGGAAAUGAGAACUUGGUAAUGUUAAUGAAAGGUAUGGAAAGAAUAUCAGUUGAGAUGUUAGCUAAAGACAUUUUGUAAAUAUGUUCGAAUUGAAAGUAAGUACAACGCGUACUACAAUACUUAUAUACAAUAAGUAUUAAGUGGUGAUUAAUUUGAAAAGGUCAAAUCGUAGAAGUCAGUAAAUAAUAAUUAUUUAUAAAUUUUGGAAAUAUUACGUAAGAAAUGCAACGUGUAAUGUAGGAUACUUAUUAGUAAGAGACAUGUUAGAGAACGUAGGUGAAUUAACACCAAAUACGGCGAACGAACAAAUGGAAAUGGUAUAUUAAGGGAUGGUCAUGUAUUGACCGAAGCUCGAGAAAAAUACGAGAAUCAUCUCACUUAUGUCCGGUGAAGCUAGUAAAAAGGGGUCUAACGAUUCUUAAAGGAUCGGAUCAAUAUAAGAGAGAAAGAUAAGAAUUAAAAGUUUAAGCUUACGACUGAAUGUAAAACAAACUUAAGAAAGAAGGGUGGGAUCCGUAAGUAAACACGGAUCAAACCAGUUAGAAUGAAAGGUAAUAAAUUAAAAGACGGAUUAAACAAGUAAGAAUAAAAACUAAGAACGAAACUCAAAUGAGUCAUACGGGUCAAAUGGCGAUCGCCAUUUGAACCCGGUAUUUAAUGUUCGAUUUGUCAAGUUUAUUACUUAUAGGUAAGCAUAAUGUAUGGGCAUGCAUUGUCACAGUUUGGAAAGUAUUAACCGUCGCAAAGUAUGAAUAACGAGUCAAGGGAUUUGACCCGCACCAGGUAUGUAUAAAAAGAUUAUAUUUUUAAUAGGAGCUUAGGGCUCGACUAGAGAAUGAUGUGUCAAAAUAAGAUAACUGAUACACAUAUGUAAGAAUGUAUUUACAAUUAGACUUCCGAAAAGUCAAACGAAGUAAAUGAAGUCCUUGCAAGUAUGCAAGUAUAAGGUACGAACGUGUACCUCGAUACGAACACAUUAAGUAAGGGGGUGUUAGUCUGACUUUGGAAGGUCAAACUGCGAAAGUUGGCGAAAUGACCAAUAAAAUGAAGGGAUAGUAUGUAAGAAAUUGAAUGUAUGAUAUGUUUUAGCAUGUACGUAAGAAAAUUGUGAAAGAGACAAUAGGCGAACAAAGACCAUGUAGGACGCAAUUAUGAAAGGUUAUGUGCUAACUAUUUAUUUAUAGAUAAAUAUGAUGGAAUUCUUAGUGAGAUGAUAGUAAUAAAGCUAGUGGAAGGAUGCUCACGAGUGGGAGCAUAUUUCAUGAAUGAAUGAGACCAAUUCUGGUACGGAAGGUACAUAUAAAGAAACGGAUCGAUCCGGCACACGGAUAACCGAUUUAUGCAAUGAAGGCGAGGCGCGAAAGAAGAAGGUUCCAACACUAGGAAAUCGGAAAGUUCACAAGAUCGAGGCGCGAAAGAAGAAGGUUCCAACACUAGGAAAUCGGAAAGUUCACAAGAUCGAGGUAAAUCCUCAAUGUAGGCGACUUGGCAAAUUGGAGCGAGCAUAUGCACACCUUAUUAACAUCAAGCGCUUCCGCUAUUAUGUAUUAAUGUUUUGGGUCAAAUGUCCGUUUUUGGUAUGACAUUGUUAGUAGUUACACUUGUUAAUACUUGGUGUAUGGUCUUAGUCGUGUCUAGUCGAACGGGUCGUAAACUUGUUUGUUUGUUGAUGGUUAAUACAGGGAUACACUCGUCUUACGGACGGGUCAUGCCCAAAUUUUGUUAAAAUCACGUGUUAAUGAUACUAGCGUUUUUACCUUUUAA